AUGGAUGCUAUCCGUGAUAUAACCAAAGAAUAUUUUCGCACUGACCUGCCUUCUUUGCAAGUCGGUGACAAAGUAGAAAUUACUACUAAAAAUUUUAAUAAAAAUGAAAAAAGUUCAAAAGACGAGAAACCAAAAUAUCGGUUGACCCAUUUUAAAGGCACUGUAAUUGCCCGAAAAAAUCCGGGACAAAUCGGUUAUACUUUUUCAGUGCUAAAAGAUAGCAAAGGAAGCGAUAAG